AAACUAGCUGUGUGAAACUGUCACCGCUUCACCCCACUUUCCCCGGACUGCUAAGGGUAGCAGCGUCCUCUGCACCCCAUAGCUCGGCAGCAGCAUGUCUCUCGCACACACAGCUGCAGAGUAUAUGCUCUCUGAUGCCCUGCUGCCUGACCGCCGGGGCUCUCGCCUCAAAGGACUGCGGCUGGAAUUGCCCCUGGACAAGAUCCUCAAGUUCGUUACGGUGGGCUUCCCCUUGCUGCUGAUGUCUCUGGCUUUUGCCCAGGAGUUCUCAUCAGGGUCUCCGAUCAGCUGCUUCUCUCCCGGCAACUUCAGUGUCAGGCAGGCUGCCUAUGUGGACAGCUGCUGCUGGGACUCCCUGGCUCACCAUAAACUGGACGAGGCUGGCCAGCAGAAGGUGAAGUCUCUCUGGCCUCACAAGGCCCUCCCCUACUCUUUACUGGCCCUGGCUGUGGCCAUGUAUCUGCCAGUGCUGCUGUGGCAAUAUGCAGCCGUGCCAGCCCUCAGCUCUGACCUGCUGUUCAUCAUCAGUGAGCUGGACAAGUCCUACAAUCGCUCCAUUCGCCUGGUACAGCACAUGUUGAAGAUCCGGCAGAAGAGUUCCGACCCCCACGUCUUCUGGGAUGAGCUGGAGAAGGCCCGGAAAGAACGGUACUUUGAAUUCCCCUUGCUAGAGCGGUACCUGGCAUGCAAGCAGCGCUCCCAUUCGUUAGUGGCCACCUACCUCCUGAGGAACUCCCUCUUACUCCUCUUCACCUCGGCCACUUACCUAUACCUUGGCCACUUCCACUUAGACGUCUUCUUCCAAGAAGAAUUCAGCUGCUCCAUCAAGACAGGGCUGCUACAUGCUGAGACCCAUGUGCCAGAUCUGAUCACCUGCAGGCUGACCUCCCUGUCUGUGUUCCAGAUUGUUAGUCUCUCCAGUGCAAUAAUAUACACCAUACUGGUUCCGGUGAUAAUAUACAACAUUACACGGCUGUGCCGGUGGGACAAACGACUCCUCUCCAUCUAUGAGAUGCUCCCAGCUUUUGAUCUCCUCAGUAGAAAGAUGCUGGGAUGCCCCAUCAAUGACCUCAAUGUGAUCCUUCUUUUCCUCCGAGCUAACAUUUCUGAGCUCAUCUCUUUUAGCUGGCUGAAUGUCUUGUGUGUGUUGAAAGACACAACCACCCAGAAACACAACAUCGACACAGUGGUGGAUUUUAUGACCUUAUUGGCUGGGCUAGAACCCUCAAAACCUAAACAUCUCGCCCAACAGGCGUAUGAUGAACACCCAUAGUUAAGAAAGGAACCAUGGGGAGAUAAGUUUUGUAUAAAGUAAUUCUCCUUCUUCACAAGCUAUACAGAGUAAAAGACCAAAACAAAUGAUGAUGAUGAUGAUGAUAUCCACUUGAAAUUAAUAAGGAUGGACUUGGCUUAAUGUCCUGUAUUUAUAAGAAGAUAGAAUCAAUGCAUGAAAAUUCAAAAGUCUAGAAGUGUCAAAGAACUGAAAAAUUAGGUACAGAGUAUUCUGAGAACAGUAAACUGAAUGACUAAAUUGAAAUUAAGUCUAGACAUAAAAGCUAUUUAUGGAAGAAAAUUCUUAUAAUACCCACUAACUCUAAAAGUCAUACUUGCCUCACCCCAAUAAGCAGGUAGAAAAAUUUAGUAAGAGACUAAUAAGGAGGUGAAACCCCUAGACACACCUUGAUUUUGCCUGUUCAUCUUGCCCUGUAGUCAUCUUCAGCCUUGUCAAGCCUUCCAUGGCCUUCAAAGUGAGACAAUAAUUUCAACUCGUAAUCUGCUCUUGGGAUGUAAGGACAGAAAUAUAGGCCAUGAGCGGAACCUUUUAAGAGGCAAAUACACUUUUUAAUAUAUAAACUGAAACUUCUUUUCCACAAGGUCUCAGAUUGUGGACUAUGAACAUUUUCACAAGGUUUAAUAGUUCAAGGGAUACUACCCCUUCACUUACAGCCGACAACUGAAGGCUAGUAGGUUGCUGUCAAGCCUGAUGACCUGCAUUCAAUCAUUCAGUCAUUGGGGCCCAAAUAGUAGAAGGAGAGAACCAACUCCUGCAAGUUAGCUUCUGAUAUCCACAUGCAAAUCAAUAAAAAAUGAGUAAAAUGAAUAAAUGAAUAAAUAAAUGUUAAACAUAAAAGUCACAUUGAUCCAUGUGUGCACAUUCUCUGAUC